AUGGUGUCCAAACUGAGCGCUUUGCAACAAGAACUCCUUGACGCCCUGCUCCUCUCGGGAGUGACUAAAGAGGCCCUGAUCCAAGCCCUGGAGGAACUGAUGCCCGCCUCCGGGAGCACCACCGCGGCCAGCGGGGGCUACGGGGUCAAGCUGGAGAACUUGCAGCUGUCCCCCGGCGGAGGCGGGGGCGCGGGGAUCGAGGCGGACAGCAAGCCGGUCUUCCACACCCUCACCAACGGGCACAGCAAAUGCAAACUGUCCGGGGACGAAGGAUCGGACGAUGGGGACGACUUUGACACUCCGCAGAUCAUCCGGGAGCUGCAGGCGCUCAACACCGAGGAGGCAGCGGAGCAAAGGGCCGAAGUGGCCAGGAUGAUCAGCGAGGACCCAUGGCGGGCUGCGAAGAUGAUCAAGGGUUACAUGCAACAGCACAACAUCCCCCAGAGAGAGGUGGUGGAUGUCACUGGACUCAAUCAAUCCCACCUCUCCCAGCAUCUCAACAAGGGGACCCCCAUGAAAACCCAGAAACGGGAAGCUCUCUAUACGUGGUACGUCCGGAAGCAGAGGGAGAUACUCAGGCAAUUCAACCAGACAGUCCAGGGUUCUGGAAAUAUGACAGACAAAAGCAGUCAAGAUCAGCUGCUGUUUCUCUUUCCAGAGUUCAACCAGCAAAGCCAGGGUGUGGGACAGCUCGAAGACCCCUGCGCCGAAACGCCCAGCAAGAAGAUGAGGCGCAACCGUUUCAAGUGGGGUCCCGCUUCUCAGCAGAUUUUGUACCAGGCUUAUGACCGGCAAAAGAAUCCCAGCAAGGAAGAAAGAGAGACCCUGGUAGAAGAGUGCAACAGGGCAGAAUGUCUCCAGCGGGGCGUGUCCCCCUCCAAAGCACAUGGCCUGGGUUCAAAUUUGGUAACGGAAGUCCGCGUCUACAACUGGUUUGCGAACCGGAGGAAAGAGGAAGCUUUUCGCCAGAAGCUGGCCAUGGAUGCCUACAGCACGAGCCAGCCUCAUCCCAUGAACCUCUUGCUCUCCCACAAUUCCCCUCACCAUGCUCAACCCAGCUCUUCUCCGCCAAGCAAAAUGUCUGGAGUCCGCUAUAGCCAACCAGGGAGCAAUGAAGUCACUUCCUCCCACGGGAACAGCUCCAUGGUGACCACUAGUCAAGCUGUCCUCCAGCAAGUUUCUCCAGCUGGUCUGGACCCGGGCCACAGCCACAACCUGCUUUCACCGGAUGGCAAAAUGAUCACGGUUUCUGGAGGUGGGCUUCCCCCAGUCAGUACUCUCACCAAUAUUCACAGUUUUUCCCAUCACAAUCCACAACAGUCCCAGAACCUCAUCAUGACGCCAUUAUCAGGAGUCAUGGCUAUCACCCAAAGCUUAAACAGUUCCCAAGCGCAGAGCGUCCCGGUCAUCAACAGCGUGGCCAGCAGCCUUGCAGCUCUCCAGCCCGUCCAGUUCUCCCAGCAGCUGCACAGCCCGCACCAGCAGCCCAUCAUGCAGCAGUCACCCAACCCCAUGGCGCAGCAGCCGUUCAUGGCCACGGUGACGCAGCUGCAGAAUUCACACAGUAAGGAUCUUGUCAGUGUACGCACACAAGCAGGAACCCCCUCAGUAUUCCCACACAUCCCGGUUCCCUUCGGCCAUGGUAGUCACGGAUACCAGCAGCAUCAGUUCCUUAACCAAUAUGUCUUCCAGUAAACAGUGUCCGCUGCAAGCGUGGUGAUGUUCCUUAUCUCCCUUCCUUUGCACCCAGCAACCGGAAAUGAUUUUCCCCCCAUAUCAUCCUGCCAGUGACUGAUGACGGAGUCUUGGGGCCCGGAGAGUUGCCAUAGUGAAGCUCGGACCGCUUGUCCAGCAUCACGGCCGAAGAGAGGCUGCUCCACCGGGAGUGAGGGCUGGAAGUUUCCAAUCAGCACCUUUGGGUGACUUGUGGCGACGGGAGCAAAGAUGGCAUCCGCGUGGGACCGGGGCCCCCAAAGAGGGGGCUUUCCCCACAGUAUUUCCCAAGACUGAUCGUCUUAAGGAUUUUUAAAGUAUUUUCCUUCCCUAGGGCAUUUCUUUUCUUACAAGAGACACAAGAACAAAAUGGAUACUGAACUGAGAGAGAGCACAAAGUUGAAGAUGAAUCAUAUUUAUAAAGUUACAUUUCUCUGCCAAAACGGAAUGGAGGGCGAGGUUGGGGCUGUUACUUCGAGUUGCAAAGGAGGAGCCAACUGCGCUGUCGAACUGAGCCGACCGAACUGUAUAUAGAGGAACUCCAUUUCUUAGCUCCUGUCUUCCCUUUCCCCUAGGCCUAUCCACAGAGAUUUAUAUUAAAGAAAGUUAAUGUCCAAUGGAUGUAUAAGAAAUUAAGUGCAAUGUUCCACACCUGUACAUAGCUUCACAAGAUCUAUUAUUUCUCUCUCUCUCUCUUUUUGUUUGUUUUUGUUUUGUAAGGACAAGAUUUAAUUUGCAAUGUU